AUGUAUCAGACAAUCGAAAAAAGUUUACAUGUACGAUAUGAAUAUGUAACUGUAAAGGACACACGAACGCAUGUGGUGGUGGAAUUGUACGAGACGGAAAAAUCAUAUGUGGAGGCACUGGAGAUAUUAGUUAAGAAAUACCUUCAACCGCUUAAAAGCCCAGAGAAUGCAGGUCUUCUGGACGCCUUCCUAGUAGAUGAAAUCUUUUACCAAGUACCCGGAAUUCUUAACGUGCAUCAAGUAUUUUUGGAGCAGUUAAGAAGAAGACUAGAACAAUGGGACCUACAGCAAAAAGUUGGCGACGUAUUUUUAGAUGUAUUCACAAAACCCACCGUAAUGGACACCUACAUGUCCUUUAUAAACAACUUAAAAAAAGCGAAGGAGACAAUCAAAACAGCUGCAGCGUCAAGGCCUUCUUUUGCCAAGUUUCUAGACGCUAUGGCGAGAGACCACAAAGGGAAACUGUCGUUGGAUAAUUUGCUCAUAAAACCAGUACAGAAGUUCCCAUAUUAUAAGCUGCUGAUACAAAGGUUAAUUAAGCAUACAGAUCAAUCGCACCCAGACCACAAACUUCUUCUAGAAGCUCAAAAAGAAAUACACGAAUUGUUAGAACUUAUAAAUUGUACAGAAAGAGAAAGUCUUGAGUUUGAACAACAACAGCAAACUUUGAGAGACUUGGAACAAAUGAUCGAGGGUUUAUCUAACCUGGUUACAACAGACCGCUUGUUCUUAAGACAUGAAACGGUGACGAUGCCGUCAGCGCAAGGGACGAUUAAAGAUAGAGCCCUGUUCCUAUUUAAUGAUACUUUAUUGAUAACUAGCGUUAAAAGAAGAACUGGAACGAUUAAGAAACCUAUUCCAACAUACCAAAGCAACAUAGCAAGUCAGAUGGAAGGAAACAAGUACAAAUUACUCAUGAGAAUAUCGCUGGCCGAUCUCGAAAUUGUUAAAGCUAAGGAUGAAAACUUAAGGCGGAUAAUGCACGAAGUAGAAACAUUAACCGAUGAUAUGAACACGCUGACACAAAUAUCGGAGAACAUGGCCGCACUACACACGCCACAUUUGCAACUAGAAGAACUAGUUAGAGAGAUGUUACAUACGUUAAAUAAACAGCUAUCGGAAAGACAGAAUAGUGACUUGCAAUUGUGUUACAUGGAAGUUAGUUUAAAUACCUCGAACGGUACUGAGAAUUUAACGAUCAUUUAUCCAAAAGCGGAUAAGAGGAGCAGUUGGGAGGAACUGAUAAAUGAAACCAAACAAAAAUUGUGUGUAUACGGUCAAGAGCGACCGGCGCCAGAGUUUUUAUCACCUGUACCUAUCCGCAAGACUCGGGCAGGUCUCCAGUUUACAUGUGCUGCUCCCACUUUACCACCCAAGGGACAAUCGCCUGAUGUUUGGGUGUGCAAUAGUGACGGAUACGUGGGCCAAGUCUGCGUGCUAACUCUAUCACCAAAACCCCAGGUGACAUCAUGUAACGGUGUGUGCAACGCACGUAUACUAUGCGUUGCAUGCGUCCCUCCUGCGCCUGCGCUUACGAGACAGCAAACACUGGACAUACCGAGUACAAGUUCGUUGAACAGCACAAGUUCAGUGAAACCAGGAAUAAGUAUAUCAGAUCCAGAUGACAGCUGUAAGAACAUAAGACUAGACAGCUCAUCAUCUAGUGACGAAGAAGACGAUGGUUCAUCUACAAGUGAGAACCAGGACGCCCAGUCGGAAAGGAGUCAGGAAUCAGCUUCAAUCCGACUGCAUUCUAGCCUAACAGCUAGCCUCGGGAACCAUCGAGCUACCUUAACGCCGAAUCAUAGCAAGUCUUUGAGCACCCCUCACACGGGUCAGAGUAUUCAAGUACACCCUGUGAUGAAGUCCAGUUCGAACCCAGCGGUUGAUAAACAAGCUAUGGGAAUAAAUUCUGGUACACUCUCAUCUCCAGCUAGUCGACAAUCCUCUGAAGACAGCGGGACGACAGCGAAUCAGCCGACGAUGUGGUUGGGUACUGAAGACGGUUGUAUACACGUUUACAACUGUCUAGAUAACAUAAGAAUAAAGAAGAAUAAAAUCAAACUGCAGCACAAUUCGGGGGUUCAUUCCAUUGUAUAUGUGGAGGGAAAGGUGUUCGUUGCGCUUGGAAACGGUGACCUAGUCGUUUAUUGCCGGGAUAUUGACGGCUCGUGGACGGAGCGCUCCACGAUCCCCGUGGGGACGGGCACCAGCCCAGUCAGCAGCAUGCUGCUGUCAGGAGGGAAACUCUGGUGCGCGACGCUUGCCUCCAUUAAAAUCAUUAACCCGCACUCGCUGCAGGUGGACGAAACAUUCCAAAUAAGUACGGAGACGAAGCCGAUAAGUCACAUGGCGGUGGCCGGAGGAACAAUCUGGUUGUCGCUGCACAACGCGGCACAGCUCCGAUGUUACAACUCCAGCACUCGCGAACAGUUGGCUGAGAUUAAUAUCACGCCGCAAGUUACUAAGAUGUUGCACGGUUGCGACGAUAUAAUCCGGCAGCACAAGGCGGCGUGCCUGCGCGUGACGGCGCUGCUGGCGCACCGCGACACGCUGUGGGUGGGCACCAGCGCCGGCGUGCUGCUCACCGCGCCGCUGCACAACUCGCCCAACGCCAGGACCGGCACUUUCACUGUGCCGCACCUCACUGGUAUAACCUAUGGGCACACCGGCCACGUGAGGUUCUUGACGAUUGUCGAAAACCCGGUGCCACCGAAACAGCCCGCUAAGCAAACGCAGUCUUCGCUGAAGACGAAAGCGUUGAGUCGCAGGUCGACGAACGUGGAGAAGCUGCAGAAACAAACCGAAACGAGCCAGAAUAACAAAGAAACUCUUAUUAUAUCCGGUGGGGAUGGAUACGAGGACUUUAGGAGUUCUACCAUGACAGAAGACGCAGGCAGAGAAGAUUCUACUAAUCAUCUUCUACUUUGGAGAGUUUGA